AUGUACACUACUUCCACCUCCGUGCAAGGGUCCCUAAAUGGCCUAGGUAGCGACCUUGUCGAUGGCUCUGGCACCAUCAACCCCGCCGCCCUCAACAACCCAGCCACUCUCCACUCAUCACCAUUGAGCGCCCCUGUUGCUCCUUCGACGACCAACGACGUCCCGACAACCGAUAAUUCCCACGUUAGCGGCCUCACCCUCACACGAGGCAUCAAACGCGGCCGUUCAGUUGACCAGAACGACGAACACGCUGAGGGUGAUGGUGUUGAGGAUGAUGAACAAGUUCGUCGCAAACGAGGAAGACCACCAAAGCAUCCACGUCCAUCUGGAACAACCCCAACGUCGAGCCCUCUCGCCUCACAGAAACAAACGAGGCCAUCACUACCACAACAACCUCAGACCCCACAACUCUCCACGCAACGACUCCCGCACAUGGCUAACACCCCAGCUUCACAAUCAUCCCCUCCACCCCGAACGACACCUACAAAACCGGUCAUCAAAGCCUUGCCCACUGUCCGAGAUCAUACCACCGACCAAUUAAGCCCGGAAGGAGAUGAAUAUAUACCCAAAGAAUAUGAUACAAACGGUGAGAAGAAAGUGGAUGCGCUUGGAUAUCUUCAAAACGGGCGUACCUAUAAGUGCCGCACCUUCCGUGUCCAUAACAGGGGGCAAAAGCUUUUCAUGUUAGCUACAGAAUGUGCUCGGGUUCUUGGGUACCGCGACUCGUACCUUCUCUUCAAUAAAAACCGAUCGCUAUAUAAAAUUAUCGCCAGCCAGGAGGAAAAGGAUGAUCUAAUCACUCAAGACAUUCUCCCGUAUUCUUAUCGCUCCCGUCAAAUUGCGAUUGUUACCGCAAAAUCCAUGUUUCGCCAAUUCGGCAGCAGAGUUGUAGUGAAUGGUCGACGGGUACGUGACGAUUAUUGGGAAAGUAAAGCCCGAAAACAAGGCUUUACCGAAGAGGACUUGGCAGGAGAGAAGCGUCCUGGAGGGGCCAAAGCUAGAGAAGCAGCUGAAGCAGCGAACGCUGGGGCGCUUCCAGCUCUUGGUCACGGCGAUGUGAUUUAUAGCAACGCCCCCCCUCCGGAUGGGUUGGUGCAGGCCCCUGGGUUACCACCCGGCCUGACAACGAGCCUAGCACCCCUUCCAAUGAUUAGCCCUGUUCCUUCGGAUGACCCGCGGAUGAGAGAGUAUAGCAGCAUGCCGCGGCCACGACAAGAGAUGGCGGGACAGCCCUACCAGAAUCGCAUCCAAUCUAGUGCCACCCCUGAGUUAAUAAACCAGGCUUCGCACACAACAGAAUUCAGUAAGGUUUUGAAUCAGCAACGAGGAUUUCGGGGGAGAGGACUGGAGGAUAGCUGGUUCAAAUCGCGAGAUCUACCAACUUCUGACCAAAACUUACCCCCGUUAUCCGGCCAAAUCGAACCGAAUUUAACCACGUCCCAGACGCUCCAGUCUCCGCAGUUGACUUCUUCGGGAAUACUAUCAUCUACCCCGAUUCCACAGCAGCCACAGCAUGUCCUUACACCACAACCCUCUUUCACACAAUCCUCGAUAAACCAUUCUAUGCGUGGAAUAUCGCAAAGCAUAAGACCCGACCAGUUACAUCACCGCGCCACUAAUAAUACUCUUUCUUCAGUGGGCACGAGCCAAGCUCCGUUAUAUACAUAUCAACCACAGCAAAUGUGGGGACAGCCACCCCCUCAGCCCAUAGGGACGCCUCAGUUCAAUCCUCAACUGCAUUCACAGCAAUCACCGUCUCCUCAUUUGCCACCGCAUCAAUCGCCGCGACACCUAAGCCGCCCUAGCCCGUCUCCUCAGUUGCAUUCCCAGGCGCAGACCCAUGGCCAGCAGAACCUUGUUGCUGCUGGCUAUCCGAGCAAUACAGGAACGUUAUACCCGUCAAUGGCUGCUCCAAGGGGAUCCUAUUCGUCAGCGGCUACUGUAGGACAGCCUUACAUUUCAAGCCAAAGCCCACAGCCAAAUAUAGGUCUGGGAAUGGCCACCAAUGCAACGCUUCCCGGUUGGCCGUCCACGGCGGGAGGUUCUUUACAACCCGGUCAAUCUCAAGCAGGUGCCUCGCAAACCGGAUGGCCGAGUACAUUUUGA